CUGAGAACAAACUUACGGCAGUUUCACCUAAUGGGAAAUGCAAGAUGGCUACAUCGUUGAUAUGCCGAGAAACACAGAGCAGGGUGAGUUCCACACUUAACAGAGAUGCUAAGCAGUUUGGAAAGAAGUAUAUGUUUGACUCCAACGAAGAAACGUGCUGGAACUCCGACCAGGGGGAGAACCAGUGGGUUGCUCUAGAGUUUCCAAAGAAUGUCAAGAUGUCAGAAUUGAAGGUCCAAUUCCAGGGAGGAUUUUCCGGGAGAACGUGUCGACUAGAAGGAUGCGUGAGUGGUGGUGAGUUUACAGCACUCAGCCAGUUUUACCCUGAAGACAACAAUUCCCUUCAGAGCUUUCCCAUACAGGAAGUUCCUGCAGUCAGCCGGCUAAAAAUAGUAUUUGAGGACAGCAGUGACUUUUUUGGGAGAAUCAUCGUUUAUUCUUUGGAGAUCCUCGGGGAGCGAGCUUCAUGACAUGUGUUGUUUUAUCCCUGAGGAAGUGGAAGAGGUUCAGACUUCUGACCGUCCGAUGACACCAACAGACAUCUGGUCCACAUGAACCGAUUCCACUGGAUAUAGUCUGGAGAAAGGUGGCUCUUCCCACUCUUCUGUGUCCAACCAGUGGAAAUGUGAGGGGCUUUGCAGUGACAUUGAAGUGACAGUGACAUUUUGUGUUUACACCUUGUUUAAUGAUUUCAUUUUUCAUCAAUAUCUGUGCCAUUCAUUUUUCAUUUUUUGAAGAAGAAAUACAUUACAAACCAACGCUUUUGCUUUCGAGUUUUAUAAAAAAUAUAUCACAUGUAAUAAGAAAUUAAAAAAAAAACUAUAGAAAACCA